AUUUAAAAUCUCUGGUAGAUUGUUGCUGGAACGAGUGUGUUGGAGUCAGCUGAACUGAAAUUAUUAUUGAUUAUUUAUGCAUUCUAUAUUCAAAGACAUUCACCGAGAAAGCUAGAAUAUCGCAGGGUAAAAAAAACAUUCUGGACGGUUGUGCAAUUUUUUUUCACGCUACCAACUCCUGGUUAAUGCUGAUUUAAGAGUCAUGUCAUCAAAAAAGAUUGGAUCAGUGGAAAGUGGUGCCAUGGCAAGCAAAACAGAUUAUGGUCCUAAAAGAGUUUUAAAAGAGACUAAUCAGCAAACAUCGUCAAAACCUGAAGCUAAAUUUGCAAAACCACUACCACAGAAUGAGCCAGCUCAAGGUCCUGGUAACCAUACAAGGAAAAAGUGGACUUUAAGUGACUUUGAUAUUGGUCGACCACUUGGCAAAGGAAAAUUCGGAAAUGUUUAUUUGGCUCGCGAGAAGAAAAGUAAAUUCAUCCUAGCGUUGAAAGUUCUCUUCAAGUCCCAGUUACAAAAGGCUGGAGUAGAACAUCAGCUUAGAAGAGAAAUUGAAAUACAGUCUCACCUUAGGCAUCCAAAUAUUUUGAGAAUGUAUGGAUAUUUCUACGAUGACAUUAGAGUGUACCUUAUUCUAGAGUUUGCACCUCAGGGAGAACUAUACAAAGAAUUGCAGAAACGUGGAAGGUUUGAUGAAAAAAGAUCUGCUACAUAUGUAGGUCAGUUGGCAGAUGCUUUAAAAUAUUGUCAUGCAAAAAAAGUUAUCCACAGAGAUAUAAAACCUGAGAAUUUACUAUUAGGCCUGAGAGGUGAUUUGAAAAUUGCUGACUUUGGUUGGUCUGUGCAUGCACCAUCAUCAAGACGUGCAACAUUAUGCGGUACAUUAGACUACUUGCCACCUGAGAUGAUAGAGGGUAGAAUGCAUGAUGAGAAGGUGGACUUGUGGAGUUUAGGUGUACUAUGUUAUGAAUUUCUAGUUGGUAAACCACCAUUUGAAGCAGAAGGACAUAGUGAAACCUACAGGAAAAUCUCAAAAGUAGAUUUUAGAUAUCCAUCCUUUGUUACAGAUGGUGCUAGGGAUCUUGUGUCCAAGUUGUUAAGACAUAAUCCAGCUAUGCGACUGUCUUUGGAUGGAGUGCUUAAUCAUCCUUGGAUCAAAGAACAUGGUGUUUUGUCAGAACCAACAUCGUCUUCAUCGUGACAUCUUUAAAUUCACCCAUACUCUCCCCUGUAUAUACCACCAACAUCUUGUCCUGUGUGGUUGUUGAUAUGUAUGCUAGGAACAAAUCUGCAUUUGUAAACGCUUCCUCUCUAUUUAUAUAUUAGUUAUCAAAAACAAUAUUACUGCAGAAAUAAUUCAUUUACAUUGUAAUGGCAUGAAAAUGAAUAAAAAAAAAUUUAAUAGAAUUUGCAGUAAAUGUGAAAUGUCUUUUUGAACCAUUCUUUCAAAAUAGUUGUUUCUUCUAAUCAUGUCAUGCAAUUUACUUUUUUGUUUUAUACACGUUUCUUGUAUUCUUUGUUACAAUAACACUCCAAAAAUGUUUAAUAUAACGCUGAUCUGACAAAACAGUUUUUCCAAUACUAAUGAAAAUUCUCAAAUGUUGCUCUGACAUGCAAUUUCUUUAUUCAUAUGAACAGAUUUUGUCUGAUCUGAAUAUUGCAGUCUGGGUGGGAGCAUAAUAGUAACAUAAUUUAGUUUUGCCUGCUUUAUUAUUUUUUUUCCCUUCCUAUUUCUUGUUUUUGUGUUAUGUAAAAUCUAUUUGUGAAAUUGUAAAUUCAUCUAAUACUUUAUAGUAUACAGAUUUUAUGAUGCUACAUAGUUUGUAGAGUUGAUCUAUUUGUCAUUCAAAAUAAAUUGUUUUUUUUAUCACAA